GCGGCCUUUUUCAAAUCGAAAGACCGCCGGAACGAUGAGCAGCCCAGACGAAGCUGACGUCGAGAUGGACGCGUCCACGGCGGAGGAGCAUCGCCUCAACGAGUCAACACCGUCGAAUGGUGGACAUGAAGAUGUUGACAUGGACGAUGACGACGCAGAGAAUCCUCCGUCAACACCUCCGCAACAAAAGAAACAACCUGAUACCAACGGUGUGGAUGAACUCCCGAAUGCUCUCUCGACCCCAGUACCAACAACUCCCAUCAAUCGAAGGAGCUUGCUAACUCCCUUUGCCGCAUCUGUCGGUGUUCCUUCGACUCCCCAACACUCAGCACCAGCGAAGGACACUCCUCGGCUCAUGAUCAGCAAACUUGCCGUCGAGAAUUUCAAAUCGUACGCGGGUGUCCGUGAAAUCGGCCCAUUUCACAAAUGUUUCAGCUCUGUCGUGGGCCCCAACGGCAGUGGUAAGAGCAACGUCAUCGACGCACUGCUCUUCGUGUUUGGGAAACGGGCCAAGAAGUUGCGUCUAUCUAAAGUAUCAGAACUGAUCCACAAGAGCUCCAACUUUCAAAACCUCAAGGAAGCGCGCGUGUCUGUAUACUUUCAGGACAUCAUCGACACUGGAGAUGGCGACGAGGACUACACUGUCGUACCUGGUUCACAGUUAGUUGUCACGCGCACGGCCAACAGCGCGAAUCAGAGCAAGUACUUUCUCGACGGCCAAACGUCAACGUUCACAGAAGUCACGGCGCUGCUUCGCCAACGCGGCAUCGACCUCGACAACAAUCGUUUUCUCAUCUUGCAGGGCGAAGUUGAGCAGAUUGCGAUGAUGAAGAGCAAGGCCGACGGCCCGCACGACGAGGGGUUAUUGGAGUACUUGGAAGAUAUUAUUGGGUCGAACAAGUACGUAGAACCGACUGAAGCUGCGUUGAAGCAAGUCGAAGCGUUGAACGAAGAUCGCGUGGAAAAACUCAACCGUGUUAAGGUCGUUGAGAAGGAAAAGGGCAACUUGGAAGACGCAAAGGCCGAAGCACAGGAAUACCUAGAGAAAGAGCGCGAAGUCUACCUCAAGACGAACCUCAUGUUCCAGUACUUUGUCCACGAGUCGACGGCCAACCACGCCGAGUGCCAAACGAAACGCGAUGGGAUGCAAGCCAAAGUGAACAAGGAAAUGGCGCGCAUGGCUGAACACCGCGCCGCGCUCCAAGUAAUGCAAGGCGAAUAUGACAAAGUCCAUGCUGCGUACGCCACUGUAAAGGCUGACAUGGAGACGGUCGAGGCCGAGUUUGCCGAGUUCGAGAAGCGUGACGUGCAAGUCCGCGAAGAAAUCAAAUUUGCGAAAAAGCAGGUCAAAGAUCACGACGCGUUAUACGCCAAAGAACAAAAGAAGCAAGCGGAUUUAGAAGCUACUAUCGAAGAUAACGAGGCCAAGCAGCCUGGCCUCGAAGGAAGCAUUGAAGACGACAAAGCAUCGCUGCAAGCUGCGGAACAGAAGCUCGAAGACAUGAUUGAAAGCCACAAAGAAGAGUCGGCACGCCUUCGUGAAAUCAUGGAGGAAAAACAGAGCGCGAUGCUGCCUUUCACACAAGAAGUGCUCUCGAUGCGAGCUAAUAUUGACACUUUGGAGACUGAAAUGUCGUUGUUACGGGAGUCGACGACUCAGGCCAAGGAAGACUUGGCUCAAUCCAAGCAAGCAAUCAAAGUGGCGGAGAGGUCAAUCGUGGAUAUCAAGGCAGAAGCAUCGUCAAUGGAAAAUGAACUGCGCACGAUGCAAUCACGAUUGAAGGAAGCCAAGGCGGAGCUCUCUGAAGCCCAAACCCAAGAAUCCACCCUCAACAAAGACUACCAACUCGCGCGGGCCAAAGCAGACGAAGCGACACACUCGAUUCAGUCGCAUGCGACGCAAAACCGCAUGCUCAAGAGUUUGAUGAACGCGACGAAACCUGGCUUUGAGCUUGAACAUGCCGGUCUCCUCGGCCGACUGGGCGAUCUGGGGGCCAUCGACUCCAAGUACGACGUCGCCAUUUCCACGGCAUGUGGCGCAUUGGACAACCUCGUCGUGGAGACUACUCAUGGCGCGCAGCUGUGCGUCGCGUACCUUCGCCAGCACAACCUGGGUCGUGCUACAUUCAUCAUAUUGGAAAAAAUGACGUACCUUCACAAUAAAUGCCAAGGCGACCGGUUCAACGCACCCAUCCCACGCCUGUUUGACCUUGUCCGCGUCUCCAAGGAUAAAUUUCGACCGGCGUUUUACUUUGCUCUGCGAGACACCCUUGUCGCCAAAAAUUUGGAUGAAGCUACGAGUAUUGCGUACCAAGGCCGCAGCGCGAAGUACCGCGUCGUGACGUUGGACGGGCAAAUGAUUGAACUGAGCGGAGCUAUGUCUGGGGGCGGCAAUCGCGUGCGUCGUGGUGGCAUGUCGAGUGAGUUACAGAGCAACAUAUCGGCAGAAGACCUCGCCGCCCUUCAAAAGGAGGCUGAAUCACUCAAAUCUACUCUGUAUAAUAUUCGAAAUGCCCGCUCCAACAUUGAGCAAGAAGUGCGACGGCUGGAGGACACGAUCGAAGGCCACACACGACGAUUGCCGAAGAUGGCAAUGGAAAUUGAAGCGGCCAACUCAAGAGCCAUGAGCUUGGCAGAACGGGUCAAGAUUUUGGAGAAGAAGGUCCACUUAACUCCCGAAGAAAACAAGAAGCUCAAGGCGCUGGAAAAACAGGUCAAGACGCUCGAGGUCGAGCGGGCGUCCAAGCAAGCAAAUGUAGACUCGAUGCAAGCCGAAGUUGACCAACUAAAACAGAAAAUCCUCAACAUCGGUGGGGUACCGCUCAAACAACAGCGUCAAAAGGUGGAAGAACUGACCAAGUCAAUCGACACGCAGACGAAAGCGUUGACGAAACUUCGCGUGGAUGUCAAGGCGGCCAAGAAAGCGCUGGAAAAGUCGGCGGCGACUCAAGUCAAAAUGGAAAAGGACAAGGCCGAUAACAUUGCCAAGCUGGAAAAGCUUCGUGCCGAAUACAAACAAAUCGAAGAUAGCGCGGCGGUAGUGUGUGACAAGCACGAAGCUGCCAAGGCACUUCUCGAGGAACAUUCAAGUGUGUUGGAUGACAAGCGCAAGGAGUUUGAUACGCUCAAGAAGACUGUGGACGGCCUGGCAUCGGCCGAAGUCGACCUGUUGAGCCAGCUCGACGAAUGCGAAAAGCUUCUCGCCGACAACGAGGAAAAGGUUAAGUACUGGACUGGCAAGUUGACCGAGUUGCACACUAAAUACGAACGCGACGAAGAAGAUUUCAACCUGUUGCUGGAUUCAAAUGAAGCGCUGACGGAAACAGUCGUCAAUGGCCUUCCGACAAUUGAUCCUUCCGACUUGGAAAGAUGCAACAAGGAGCAGCUCAAGUACGAAAUCUCCAUCUUAGAGCAGCAACGCGACGAACUCAAAGAGAAGGUCAACAUGAACUCGAUUGCCGAGUACAAAAAGAAGGAAAAGGAACAUAUGUUGCGAAUGCAGGACCUUGAACAAGCCACGGAAGCCCGCGAUAGCCAGCGCCGCGCGUACGAGGAGCUUCGGCGGCUGCGUCUCGACGAGUUCAUGGCUGGGUUCCGCGUGAUCACGCUCAAAUUGAAAGAAAUGUACCAGAUGAUCACGUUGGGUGGGGAUGCCGAACUAGAACUGGUGGACUCUCUCGACCCGUUCUCUGAAGGUAUUGUGUUCUCUGUGCGGCCAUCCAAGAAGAGCUGGAAGAACAUUUCAAACCUGAGUGGGGGCGAAAAGACCCUCGCCUCGCUCGCCCUCGUCUUCGCAUUGCACCACUACAAGCCGACGCCGCUGUACGUGAUGGACGAGAUCGACGCUGCGCUGGACUUCAAAAACGUAUCGAUCGUGGCCAACUACAUCAAGCAACGCACGAAGAACGCUCAGUUUAUCAUCAUCAGUCUACGUAACAACAUGUUUGAGCUCGCCGAUCGACUUGUCGGUAUCUACAAGACGAACAACACGACUAAGAGCGUCACAAUCAACCCAAAGCACUACGCAACGCCCGCACCGCCACCACCGACGCCUCGCACUCCUCUGAAGACUCCGCGGCUCCAUCCGCCUCCAUCGUCGUCACAGACAUAAACUUAAUUCAGCCCUCAUGUCAAGAUCAAUCAAACAUGCGUGCCGUCUCUCCCGUCCACCCACCAUAAAAGCGCUCACUGCACAAAUAUUAGCAAAGCUCCA